AUGGCACCUCUCGGAGAGCAACUGGUGGACCAGCUUAGAGGCACCGUCGACAAGCUCGAGGCUCGCGUUGCCGAGCUCGAGGCCCGUCUUCAUGGCAAGGCUCAGAGCUCUGCCUCGUCCUCGUCCACCGAUGAGAACAUGAGAAUCAUCCUCAUGGGUCCCCCCGGUGCCGGUAUGCGCGAUCAAAAGCCUUUUGCCCCCAAGAUCAAGGAGAAGUACAAUGUCUGCCACNUUGGUACGUCUGCGCAACCACGCCAAUACGAGCCAAUCCGACGACUAACACGCACUCAGGCUACCGGUGACAUGCUCCGUGCUCAGGUCGCAAAGAAGACCGAGUUGGGUAGACAGGCCAAGAAGAUCAUGGACCAGGGCGGUCUCGUCAGCGACGAGAUCAUGAUUGGCAUGAUCAAGAGCGAGCUCGAGAGCAACUCCGAGUGCAAGUCCGGCUUCAUCCUUGACGGCUUCCCUCGCACCGUCGCCCAGGCCGAGCGCCUCGACGACAUGCUCAAGGCCCGCCAGCAGUCGCUCAAGCACGCCGUUGAGCUCCGCAUCGACGACGAGCUGCUCGUCUCUCGUAUCACUGGCCGUCUCGUCCACCCCGCUUCCGGCCGUUCUUACCACAAGAUCUUCAACCCUCCCCAGAAGACCAUGACCGAUGACAUUACUGGCGAGCCCCUCGUCCAGCGUGCCGACGACAACGAGGCCACCCUCAAGAAGCGUCUGGCUACCUACCACGACCAGACCUCGCCCGUCAUCUCCUACUACCAGAAGACCAACAUCUGGAGAGGCAUUGACGCCAGCCAAGAGCCCGGAGCUGUUUGGAAGAGCAUCCUCGGUGUCUUUGAGAAGGGCGGCAACGGCAACAUCCCUGCCUCGGGCAGCCUUCUCCAGAAGAUUGGUCUCCAGAAGUAG